AUGGAUUCUCCCAGCGUGCUCCUUUACAGGACUGCAAAGCUGAUGAUACACCGGACUGACAACAUCACUCUGAGCACGGAAGGCAAAGAGCUUCUGUACGUCACGCCUCACGGCUUCAUCGGCGGGACAGGCUUGGUAUCAGCAUAUCUGAUGCAACAGGAUAUGAUGGAUGAGCGGCUUGAAAUCAUCCAUCAUUCCACCAAGCCCAUUUGCAAUCACGCGUGGCACUUCCAAACCAGAGUCGGCAGCUUUCAAGUCACUUUUACGUCGCAAUGGCAAGAGUUUGCUCAGUUGCGCAAGUACGUAUCCCGUGAAGGACCUCGAUACAUAGCAACCACAAGCUUCCCCCGGACACCUGGGGAAGUGAUUGUCCAAAUCCUUCCUUCUCAGCGAAUAAUGGGCAGAGCAGCUCAGACAUGGUUCAGUCACCGGGACUCGCCCAUUCUAUGCUCGAUAGACAUUGAUAUCCAAGAACACGAUCGAAUCGUUGUUUUCCAGCCACAAAAUCGCAGACUAGCGCCAGUGCUAUCUCAGGCCUUGCCAGUCGCAACGACUGCUUCAGAUGAAUCAGCUGCGCAGACAAACUUGUGGUCUGUCACCAAGUCUGAUUAUGAAGCCGUGAUGUCGACGGAGGAAGGACCCUGGAUGAAGAUGGAAGAAGACCAUGUUCUUGAGAUCACACCACCUUUGACAACAACCGACGGUGAUUCUUGCGAGGCAUACACCGUAGCCGGCAAUCGAAUUAUCGAUAACGCCGACUCUUCUGCGGAAGCAAUUGAGCAGUGUCGUGUACACCCGCUCGGAGCACGCACGCAACAAGAUCCUCAGAGAUAUGAUCAGAAAAUCAUUCCUGCAACAUCAGGACUACACACAAGCGUUGGUCAUCCGCAAGGCUCCCCGCGUCGCGAGGAUGCCGAGGAUGAUAGGUGCAUCGUUGCCAGGCCCUGGUAG